AAUCGCGCACCUCCACGCGCAUCUUCUCUUACCUUCGACUUCAGAGAAUCCAUCCACCGAUCGACUUAAUUCGAAGAAGCAUCCGGAGUUUAUCUUCAUCUUUCCCCCAAAAAAAAGGUUUCUCAGGAUAAGGCAUAGUCCAAUUGGUUUGAUGGGAUCAGCUGGGGAAGAGAGUGAACAGAGAAGGAAGAUGCAAAACCAAAGACCAGCAGGUGUUCGAUUCUUGGAGCGCAUUAGGGGCACAAAGUUUACCUUCACAACCUACCAAGCAAUUGUCCUGGUCUUGACCUUCUUGGCCUAUGCAAGUUACCACGCCGCCAGGAAGACGACAAGCAUCGUCAAGAGCGUCCUGGAUCCGAAGACAACCCAGUUGGGCUUCUCCCACUGGCCAAGGCUCUACUUCCAUGGCGGAGUGCAGGGUGCGGAUCACAGGCCAGGGCUCAAGAAUGGCUGGGCUCCGUUUGACGCUUCGGACGGCGCUGCCUUGCUUGGCCAAAUCGAUGUUGCCUUCCUGGCGAGCUAUUCGGCCGGAAUGUACUUCGCCGGGCAUUUAGGCGAUCGGUUUGACUUGAGAAUCCUUCUUACGCUCGGAAUGAUAGGGACUGGAAUCUUCACGUCGUUGUUUGGUGCUGCUUACUGGCUCAACAUACACAGCUUCUAUUAUUUCCUAUUGGUUCAGAUGUUCGCCGGCCUGUUCCAGUCCACUGGUUGGCCAUCAGUGGUCGCAGUCGUCGGGAAUUGGUUCGGGAAGAAGAAGAGAGGGCUAAUCAUGGGGAUUUGGAAUGCGCACACCUCAAUAGGGAACAUAACUGGAUCGCUAAUUGCUGCUGCCAUGCUCAAGUAUGGCUGGGGCUACUCCUUCGUCGUUCCUGGAACCAUCAUCGCCUUUGUUGGGCUGAUGGUCUUAUUUUUCUUACCUGUUAGUCCCGACAAAACGGGGAUAGAGAACGACGAAACCGGGCUUGCAAAAUCCGCCGAGAAUAUUUGCAUCAGAGAGCCUCUCUUGGAAGGGCACUCGGAAGAGAAGGAAAGAGCAGUGGGUUUUCUUGAGGCAUGGAGGAUUCCUGGCGUUGCACCAUUUGCUCUUUGCCUAUUCUUCUCCAAAUUGGUGGCGUACACCUUCCUUUAUUGGCUCCCCUUUUACAUCAGCCACACAGCUAUCAAUGGAAGAUACUUGUCGGACUCGACAGCUGGGACACUGUCAACGCUGUUUGAUGUUGGAGGUGUGGCAGGCGGCAUCCUCGCCGGCCACAUCUCAGAUCGACUCGACGCCCGAGCAACUACCGCAGCUAGUUUCAUCUACUGUGCCAUCCCUGCUCUCUUCUUCUACCGUAUUUACGGGAGCAUCUCCCUGUGGUGGAACAUCACUCUCAUGUUUGUUGCCGGUGUGUUUGUCAACGGGCCCUAUGCACUUAUAACAACAGCUGUGUCGGCAGAUUUGGGCACACAUAGCUCCCUAAAUGGCAAUUCCCGAGCCUUGGCCACCGUGACUGCUAUCAUCGACGGGACUGGCUCGGUCGGCGCUGCCAUUGGCCCUCUGCUAACGGGUUAUAUAUCGACCCGGAGCUGGAGUGCAGUGUUCACUAUGUUGAUGGUGGCAGCUUUGGUAGCUGGGCUGCUCUUAACCAGACUCGUCGUAGCCGAACUGUCUGCUAAGAUUGAGUCGAGAUCCCAAACUGGUCGGCCGUCGGGGUCCUCUGUUCCGGAGACACUUGUGUGAGAUUAGGCCGAACUUCUGCAAGACGGUUACGUUCUUGAAAAUUUUGACAGAGGUGGGCUCGUUGCUUGCUUGCUGUCGAUAAGAACACCGGUGGCAGUAGCAUUUGAUCCUUCAACAACAUAUCGCUUCCUGUAAAUUAAGUCUCUUCUUUUUCUUCUUGAAGAAGUCCCGUUGUAGCAAUAUUGUAUUGCUCAAACGUAGCGGGGGAAAUUAUAUGGUGUUAUAUAUGCUAUCGAAAUAUAAUCUUGAGAGUGGAAAGUGAAGUAGGAUCGGUGAGGAAGUACUUAAGCAGGAUCGUGAAGAUCCCACCUCUAUUCCAUCGAUUUCACAUUUGAUUUUAUUUCUUGUAAUUUCAAUUCUUA